CCGGAAGAGGAAAUGACAGGAGCAAACACAAAGACGAGGCAGGGCAGGACUGUUGAUUACCAUAAACGUGUUGAUUUGCCCUCUGAGGGGGAUGGAAGGUGGAAGAAGCAAUCGUGGAGUAAGGAGCUUGAGAGGAGGGUGGAGUUAAAAACAAUAGACGGGAGAGCAUAGACAAACAGGUGUACACUGAUCCCUUGACAGUCAGACAGAGGAAAACAAGAUCAUGUAGAACCGACCCAGGAUUUAACAUUCUGCUGGGUAGAUAUAAGAAGACUGACUCCAUGAAGACUGAACUAACAAGACUAUUCUGGAGGAUCUAAAACACCACUCAAAACAAAAGGCUCUCCUAUUUGACAGGAUGUCGUCGAUAUCAGACGCAGACUUUCGCUGUCAGCAAGGAGACACAAUCUGUGAGAUCCGCGAGUACGAGAAGGAAGUGAUCAUUGUGCCCAUCCUGCUGCUGGCCAUCUUCGUGGUCACGCUGGUCUUCAUCCUGCUGCUGCGUUUCUGUCCAGAGAAGGUGGACCGCAUCCGUCUCAGCACCGUGAAGUCCACCUUCAGGAGGGAGCUGCAUGGCAUCGACGCUCCACUCGGUAUCAAUGUGCUGGAGCACGAAAGCAUCGCUCUGGAUGUGCCCAACUCCUACUCCACCUUCCAACCGGCCAGCACCUACGCGUCCAAAAAGCUCUCGCUGUCCGUGGACAUGCCCCCGGUGUCGACCGGCGCCCAAGCGCUGGCCUACAAGCCUGCGUUCGACCCAGUCGUCCAGCCCCGAGAGCUGCCCCGCCAGAGGCUGCCCGAGUCCUUCAACCUCGUUGCCCCUCUGCCCGGGUCCUUCUCCCUGCGCUCAGACUCUGCCGUGUCCCUCUACAGGGCCUGCAUGGAAAACAGGAACGUGGUCCUGCGGGUGCUAAAUGACUCCGCCGACGCCAGCGAGAGACACAACUUCCUGGGCUUUGCGUCGUUCCUGGCCGAGCUGGGAACGCACCCGUUCUUGCCCGAGCUCCUGGGCGUGGUUUCACUGCGUGCCCCUCUGGUGACGGUGGUGGAGGAGCUGGAGAACCAGGACCUGCUCAGUUUCAUGUGGAGGUGCAGAGAGGAAGACGUGAAUCCGCCAUGCGAGAUGACUGAGAGGCGAAUAUUUACCAUGGCCCAACAUGUGAUCUCAGCGCUGACGUUCCUCCACAGCAAAGAUCUCCUGCACGGGAACAUCCGCGCCCGCAGCGUCCUGGUCAGCAAGGCCCACACAGCCAAAUUGUGGGGCCUUCACGGGGUCUACACCCGCAAGAACCAGGAGACCACACAGAAGGACGAUCCCAGCAUGAAGAAGUGGCAGGCGCCGGAGAUUUUGGCCAGGAGAACCGUUGGUCCCAGCAGUGACGUAUGGUCUUUUGGCAUCUUACUGUAUGAAAUGGCAACACUGGGAGAAGCGCCAUUUGCAGAGAUCCCUGUCAAUGAGCUCCUGCAAUUCCACCAGCGAGGUAAAACUCUGAAGAAGCAUCCCAACUGCUCCAAUGCCCUCUAUGCCGUCAUUAAGGGUUGUUGCCAGUGGAAAGAUCCGGAUCGACCCACGCUGGCCGAGGUGACUCGCAAGCUCGUGUCCGGGGAGAAGAGCGCCUCAGACAAAGUCCUCAAGGGAGUGCCGGUCAUCUUGGAGCGGUACCGGCACGAGGCCGGAUAUGGGGAGGCUAACAGCUACACGGUCUUCUGAUUACAACAAAUUGUGUCCCCCCUUUGUACUGGUGCACUUUCUAACUACAACUGUUACAUAUUCCGAUUUGCACACGAAGGAGAAACAAGCCUUGUAUCCUCAAGACUUUUAUUAAGCUUUUCUCUAUGAAAAAAAACCAACUUUUUUUUUUAAGGUUUAGGUGAAAGAAAAUAGACUUUGAAGCAGAUGUAAACUUGAAAGGCAUCCAGUUGGAAUGGAUGCUGUGGAAUGACGGUUUGCCUGCCUCGUUUACCACCUUCCUUAACCGAUGUCAAGAAGCAGAUGUGACGCAUUGCCAUGUUUGUUACACAUUGAAGGACCGUGAAUGGAAUGACUUAACAAAAUGUGAAUAAAUAAUCACAAUCUGCUCAUUGCAAAGUUGAGGAAGAUAAAACAUUGGCUUUGUCAGAAAAGUUCCAGGACUGGUGAUACAAAAGAUAUAGUUCGAAACAACUCGUGGCUGCUUCACCAUGAUGACAACGGAUGCUCACAAUGCCCUGAGCAUCUGUCAGUUCCUGGCCAAGAAAACAUCGCCCUGCUCGAGCAAUCUUUCUCGCCACCUAACCGAGCUCAGUGUUAUCAUCACCCCCCCCCCCCCCUCCGGCUGCCUUUCUGGCUUGGUUACCAAGGCGACCCAUUUUGAAGUUGUGGAUGACAUCAAGAUGGCCAUGACAAACCUGCGGAGGAUCCCAAAGAAUCUUUCCAAGAGUGCAUGAAGGUGUAGCAGAAAAGGCUGGGGGGGACGUGUCACACACCAGCGAGAUUACUUAAAACUUUGUAUUUGAAUAUACAUUGGUGCCUUGAGAUAUGAGUGACCCAAUUUAGUUUUUCACGAUAUGAGCUCUCCAGUCAUUUUUUUUUUUUUUUUUUUUGCUUUGACAAGCGAGCAAAAAUAACAAGAGCACUGUAUUCACAAGCGGUUUGACAGAUAAUUGAACAAUUUAAAAAAAAAAAUAAAAGGCUUCAAGCAGUUUACUACAGAAUUAUACACUGAAUUUCAAACCACAUAGCUUUGCUUUA